AGUACCUCUCUAGUAAGUUUACCAAAAGAAGAAAAAGACAUAAGAGGCAUUCUUUCCUUAAUCAUUUUAUGUCUUGUUUUACUAUAUAUACAUCUAUCCACUGGUUGCAACUCAAAAGGGAAAGAUAAUACACUAUCAGAAAAGUCUUGACAAAUCAAUGCUCUUCAUUUUUUUCUUUUUCUUUUUCCUGUUCAACAAUCUUUUAGCUAGGGUUUCUUUUACAACUCUUUGAGCAUUUGAGUCUUCACUCUAUAAUUUACCUGCUAAAUUUUCUUCCUCUCCUCUCAUUUUCAGAUCUGAAAACCCCAUAUCAGGUUUUUUUUGUUUUUUUUGGGGUCAAUCAAUUUAUCCACUUCUUGAUUUAGUACCUUUCUAUUUUUGGAAACUUCUCAUGAAUUGCUAGGAUUUCUUGAUUUGGUUAAAUUUUUUGUCUUAAAAGUUGACCCUUUUAACAGACUAUUCACAUCCACGAUUUGCUUGUCUCAAAUCUUGAUUUUGUACCUUUCUAUUUUUGAAACUUUUCCCGUGAAUUGCUAGGCUUUCUUGAUUUAGUUGACCCUUUAAGAUAUUAUUCACAUCCAAGGUUUGCUUGCGUCUCAAAUCUUGAUUAUUGCUUCUUACGUUGUUGAUUUUAUUUCUCAAGAGAAGAAUGGUGAGGGGAAAAACUGAGUUAAAAAGGAUUGAAAAUGCCACAAGCAGGCAAGUGACUUUCUCUAAAAGGAGAAGUGGACUUCUUAAGAAGGCCUUUGAGCUCUCAGUUCUUUGUGAUGCUGAAGUUAGUCUUAUUGUUUUUUCUCAAAAUGGAAAGCUUUAUGAGUUCUCAAGUUCCAGUACUAAAAAGACAAUAGAACGUUAUCAGAAGAAUGACAAGAAUUUGAAACAUGACAAACUAUUACUUCAACAGACUACAGAGCAUUUGAAAGAGGAGGGUGUUAGCAUGGGUAGGAAGCUGGAGCUUCUUGAAAACUCUAAAAGAAGGCUUCUAGGAGAAGAUUUAGAUUCUUGCUCCGUUGAUGAACUUGAAGAGGUUGAAGAACAGGUAGAUCGAAGUUUAAGAAACAUUAGGGCAAGAAAGAACCAGCUAUUCAUGGAACAUAUUGUUCUUCUAAAGGACGAGGAAAAAGCCCUACGGGAGGAAAAUGCAGAAUUGCAGAAAAAGUGUGAAGUCCGACCGCUGCCUUUAUUUAUUGAUCGACAAGAAAAGGAAGAUCCCCAGAGACAAAGAGUGGAUGUAGAGACACAGCUAUAUAUUGGACUUCCUGAAAGGCGAAGUCCCAAUACCCAUAAGUUCGAGCUAUUGCAACUGUAAUUUUAUCGAGUUGAUGACCAGAGAAAAAAUUGGCAUAUGUUUAUUUUUGGUCAAUAAUGAGGCAGUAAUUAUAAUUUUUAUCGCGUUGGAUGUAUAUUGAUUGUUGUAUCACUUUCAAUAUCUAAAAAAGUGGACAUUUUGGAAUC